CCGACUUCUGGUCUGCAGUGUCUUGAUCAGGAACAUGGAAACUCUGCCAGGAUGGGUGUCUUUAUCCCGGAGCCAGGUCCCUUCAUGCUGGUGUGGUGUGUCUUCCUGUUGAACUUCCUGGAGUGUAUCUCUGUCCAGCCCUUGUGCAGAGAGGAGGAGUUUUCUGUGGGGGGCGAGUGCUGCCCCAUGUGCAACCCAGGUUACCAUGUGAAGCAACCCUGCAGUGAACGGACAGGCACGGUGUGUGCCCCCUGUCCCCCGCAGACAUACACUGCCCAUGCAAACGGCCUGAGCGAAUGUCUGUCCUGCGGUGUCUGUGACCCAGACAUGGGCCUAGUGACCUGGCGGGAGUGCUCCAGCUGGGAGGACACUGUGUGCCACUGCGUCCCAGGCUAUUUCUGUGAGACCCAGGAGGGGGACCAUUGCUCCACCUGCUUGCCACACACCGCCUGCCCUCUGGGACAGAGGGUACUACAGAGAGGUAAUUACAGCCAGGACACUGUAUGUGUCGAUUGCCUGACCGGAACCUUCUCACCUGGAGGGAGUCAGGAGGAAUGUCUGCCCUGGACCAAGUGCAAGGCAUUGAUUCAGAAAGAAUCAGAACGUGGGACCAGCAGCACGGACGUCACCUGCUCCUUCUCCUGGCAAUUCUACGUUAUUUUGUCCAUCCCUUUGCUUCUUUUGGCGGCUUUGCUGGUGGUCUGCAUCUACAUUCGGAGGGAAACACUGCACGCAAGACUGGUGGUGGCCCAGGGACUGGAACCUUUGCAGGAGGGGCAGAAAAGAGACAACGCCGUCAAGUUUCCAGUCACCGAGGUUGGGUUUGCUGCGACUGAGGAAGAGACAGCUUUCAACUGUGUGACUCCAGUGUGACCAGACACCUAGGAGGCCCUGGUGGGGAAUUUCCACGUGCCUGUGGAGCGUGGCUGCUGCCCUGGGCUGCUCCAGCACCACACAGCGGCAGAGAUAUGGUUUUAGCUUGGAGUUAGGUAGUAGUUGCUUUGCCAUUCUUAUAGUCAAAUGGGGUCGAGGGGCCUCUACAUUUCCCCAUCUGUUCCCAUGUGCCCCUCCAUCCAAAUCCCUGGAGAUGGUAACCCAAAACCUCCAGUAUCAAUAACAGCUACCACUGGCCCUACUGCCAGCUCUUCCAGUCAGCUCAGAACAGCUCAGUCUAAACCCUCGGCUUCUGCCUGGAUAGGUUUAAGCCCAGGCCUGGUGAUACUGAAGGGCUGGUGGGCCCUGCAUCUCGGAGCUGGGGUGAGAUGUGAGCAAGGCUUUAGGAGAUUCGUUUAUUUUGGGGGUCUGAGCUAUAUUCUCAGCAAUACUUUCAUUUUUAUUUUGAAACAGAGUCAUAUGAAGUUGUCAGGACUCAUUCUGGACUCAUCCCAUAUCUCAGGCAAGCCUUAGACUUGAUCUACCUCAGCCUCUCACGUAACUGCGAUUACCUCUGUGGGCCUCCAGGCUGGGACUAGAUGAUUUUCUGAUCUUUUCGUGUGUGUGUGUGUGUGUGUGUGUGUG